AUGGACGGUCCGGUUUUUGAUCCUCCGGUGGAUUCUGUAAAUCCCAAUGCCAUCAACUCGGUGGAUAAUUCUGUACCGAGUUUCGCCAACUCAGUUUCACCACCUCAGUUUCCUUUCAAGCCAACUUUUCUUUGUUGGAAAUGCCCACAAUCAGACUGGAUAACUUGGGUAGCCCGCAUGCGCUCUCUACACCUACCCACCUGGAAACAAGCCGGGAUAGAUAACGCUAUCACCCACUCGACCUUCCAGUUUCACCGAAGUGAUGGUCUGAUUUUAGGAGUUGCAGAGAAGUGGUGUUCCGGGACCAAUACAUUCGUGUUUCCAUGGGGAGAAGCUACAAUCACCUUAGAAGACAUAAUGUUUUUGGGGUCCUUUUCUGUUUUGGGCGAGUCAGUUUUGAGCCCUGCUGGAGACAGCGAAUUAGAAGUGAUUACAGACAAACUACUCAAGGCACGAUUAGAAUUUUCCCGGACUAGAGCAAGGAAAGCCAGCAAGACUGCCUGGAUGGAUAAAUUCAUGGAACCUGAAAGUGAAAGUGAAAGAGAGAUCGAGCACGAAGCAUUUCUUGCUUACUGGGUGUCACAGUUUGUUUUUCCAUACGAACGCGACACUAUAAGCAAAGCUUCUCUACCCAUUGCGGUCAGUUUAGCCAAAGGUACGAAACUUGCACUUGCACCGGCUGUUCUUGCUGAUAUUUAUAGAAAUUUGAGUGCACUGAAAGGUGCCCUUGUUACUAAUUCAGAAAUAUGUAAAAUUAGACAAGAAAAAAGCAAAGUGGUUGAAGUUAAGGUUACAGCACCAUUCCAACUGGUGCAGGGUUGGGUUUGGGAGAGAUUCCCAUCUUUACGUCCCAAGCCCAAUUCAAUUGGGUUUGGUGAGCCAAGAUUGUCUCGAUGGCAUGGCAAAAAGGAAGUGGGAACGGAAAAUGUGUUAUUGGCACUAGAUGGUGCUAAAGAAGAUUUUAUUUGGCGCCCUUACAUGAGGGCUGCAAACGACUUCCUACCACAAAUGGUUUACAAGGAAAAUUAUUAUUGGGAAUUACUUAAAUCCGGUUCAAGUGAUGAAUUUGAGGGGCUAGUGCGAUGUUUGAGACCUAGCGAACUUGUUAGCCUGGAAGUUGGUUGCAUUGAGCAAUAUCUCCCACACCGUGUGGCCAUGCAAUUUGGCAUGGAUCAAGAUCUUCCAGGUCAUGUAAUGCGAGAGAAUGGAAGUUCUGAAAUUGCUUGGAGAAAUUAUACCAGGGCCAUUGAGGAUGUCAUACUGUAUAUACCAGCACGACUUUUUGAGUCAGAUGUCACCACCCGAUACUUGACAUGGUGGAGUACAUUAGGAAUUUCUGAAAGUAGUAGGCGUCAAAUUGGUUUGGUGACUCGACUGGAGCUGGAAUUGAUGAUUCAAGCAAGGUUAACACAUAAGGUAGUUUUGCUGGGGUAUGGUGAGGCUGGAAGGGACAUGGUGGAAGAGUUGGAGAAUGACUUGAAGAGUAAAUACUUAAUUCUCUUCAAAAUUUGUGUCAAGAAUUCAGAUAGAUAA